UUUCUUUGGGACAGUGAAGAAGCUAUUCAGAGUUACUGUUUAUAACCGAAAAACCGCCUCAUUAAUAGAGGUUUCUGUUUAAAAGUCAACUUUGCAGGGACCCGAGGACGUUUCGGGUACGUUUCUGUUGUCGUUUCCAAAGAAUAUAGUCAGUUAUGUAGAAAUGACUGCGCCGAAAGCUGAAGACGUGAAGAGAGGAAUCGCUGUGAUCUGGGAGAAUUUACAGUGUCCGAUAUGUUUGGACUUGAUGAACGCACCAGUAUCAACCAGGUGUGACCACCAGUUUUGCAAAUUCUGCAUGAUGCAACUGCUUGAAAAGAGUAAAAGAAAAGAAGCAAACUGCCCUGUGUGCAAGAUGAAGGUUACAAAAAGGAGCCUGCAAGAAAGUCCAGGGUUCCAGAGAUUGGUAGAAGGACUGCAGAAUUUAGUCCAGUCUUAUGAAUUUGACACAUGCACAAGCUACUUUAAUGGAGUGCCACAGAAGCGGAAAGAAACGAGUGUUGAAACACAAUCAAGCGAUCAGCAGCGCAGUGAAGAAAAUGCCUUCUCAGAGAGCGACAUGGUGGAGAAGUCAGCAUCUCGAUCCUCCACAGCAGCAGCCAAGGAUGCUUUUGCAAAGUUAAUGGAUCUUCCAGCUUCCUGUCCUGUCAGUUCAGAGCAGGAUUGUUCUGACAGUGGUGUUGGUGAUCUGCCACAAGUCUUUGAAAAGAAACCAGGAGAACUUGAAGAUGUUCCAUCAACAUUAGAAGUCAGACAAAACAAUUCAUUGACGCGCAAUGAUGGCAGUGAAGAUGCCGAAACUAACGUAUCCCAGAAACGGUCAAGCAGAAGAGCCAAAAGGAUUGGCUUGGAGCCAAACAGAAUUGUGGACAAAAGACAGAAGAAGAGUGUGGAGAAAGUAGCUGAGUGGUUGCUGAAGAUCUCUCCCUCUUCAGACACACAAGCCAAAGACAACAGUGAGGAUCUUCCCACUUCUAACAGUUGUGAUUCUGAUAGAGAGAGUAUUUGCUCAUCUUCCUCUACAGUAGUUAAUGUAAAAGUUGAUGAUCAGGAUGAUGCAAGUCCACCUAGGGAUGUCCCUGGCCGGGGUCUUGAGGAACAAGUUUUUGGGGCAGUGUAUAAACGUAUGCGUAAAGGUGCUAAGAGCAAGGUCAACCGAAGUUUCUCUGCGGAAAGGCACAUUGUGACUGACCCUGAUCACAUUAAUUUAGUGGUAGAGGAGGGGGGCAUUAAGAGAAACAUUCCUAAGAGGAAGAGGAGCUGUGCUUUGACUCCAGCAGAUUUCAUCAAGAAAUCAUCUGAUGAUAAAGGAGAGAGACUUGUUUGUGAUCAAACUGAGGACCCCAAGGAAUCUGUUGUUCCUAACGUAGAAGAAAACAAGCAAGAUCACAUUGAUGAAUCAAAUACUGAUGGGCCACUAAAAUGUGUAGAAGAGCAUGAAAAAUUAGUAGACAACUGUUUAGAUGAAAAACGUGAUGAUAAUGCUGAAAAUAUAGAAGCAAGUCCUGUGUUUGAGGUACCCUUGAAGAGACCAGGGAGGAGGUCAAAAAUAAAGAUGCAGGAUGCUUGGAAAGAUUUGGGCUGUGAAUUGAAAAAGGACAGCAUUUGUGAUGACAAAACGGGUCGGAAAAGACGGAUCAGUAGGAACAACUGUGAGAGUACAAAAGAUGGCCAUUUGGAAGAAAGCAAGAUUGCAAAAUGUGCAAAGUCCCUUACCCUUGUGAGCACUGCUGGGGAUGAGGAUGUUUCUUUAAUGAAGCAGUUGAAAAGUAAGCCCAAUUUAGUUGAAGCAGAGAUUAAUAUUGAGAGUUACCCAAGUACUGCAGAACCUCAGUCUCCUGAUGCCAGAAAAACGAGAAGAAGUUUAAGGCUGCAGGCUUUUGUUGCAGAAGUUCAGGGUGCUCGGAAAAGGAGACGGUCUACCCAGACUCCCCUGAAACCUGCACAUGGAUCUGAAAAUAAUCCAUCCCAGUCCACCUGCUCAAACCAACCUAAAGCAGAUAAUACAAAUGUAAAUGAAGAUAAUGCUAAUGUUAAUCAAGGUAAUGCAAGUGCUGGACAGGUUCAGAGUGAACAAACAGAGACGUCUGUAAGGAAAAAUGGGUGUGUUUGCACCAGCAGCUUUGAAAAAAUUGAGACAAUGGAGACAGUUGAGGAAGCAGCUACCUUUACUUGUAUACCUGAGGCAAAUGUCCCAGAUCAAAGUUCACUUGUUUCUGUUGUUCCAGACACAGCUGAUCAAGGUGGACAAAACGUACCUUGCUCUUCUGUGGCUGUUAGCUCGCCAGGUCCUUUAGUGGCUGAUGCACCAGACUCAACCUUACCACUGAAACGUCAAGAUUCUCCAUCCACAGGGGUUGUUGCGCCAUCAGUUGUACAGACGUUGACAGAUGGUGUAUUGAUGUCUGCUGGCGAGAAUGGAUCUAUGAAUGUGGAAGGUGACGCCAAUGACAGUGAGCUUGACACAGAACUACUGAUGAAAUCCUUCAAAGGCACCAAGAGAAAAUCAUUCCUCCUGGGCAGUCCUGAGCCUUUACAUGCUGAAACCCAGCAGGAUGCCCUGGAAAAGAUUGUGGAGGAAGAGAAGCAGUUGCUGACCGAGAUACCCGUCAUCUCUCAAGACCGUGACAUUAGAGCAGGUCUUGCAAAUGUUUGUGAAAGUGAACAACCUUUGAAUCCUUGUGUGCUUGCAUUCUAUGAGAAACAACCUCAGAGGUCUCCAAGUAGUUUUGGAAAUACAGGUGUUGCAAGCAUUAGCAUACUCCAGGCAAAAUCACCUGCUCUUGCUAAAGAAAAUCAGGAGAAUGCUUUUUUGAAGAGCACAACCAACAGUCCAAGUUCUGGUCUAAGUCCUAACAAGGUUGCAAGGUCUUCUCAAGAUUCCAGGCUUUCUACAAAUUCUUGCCAGCUAUUCUUUGUUGGUACUACUCAAGAUGUGGUACAAAUCUGCAGUAGCAGGGGCCUAGGAAAUCAGCAGUCUUCAAAAUUAACAAUACAUCCGCCAAGAACAUCUGAUGUUCAGAAAGAAACCCAGGGGAUUCAUUGGCAGACAAAGGUUUCCUUAGACCCAAUCAAAAGUUUAGACAUCCCAGUAGGAGGUUUGCCAAACUCUGGAGUUCACAGUAAUAAUUUUGAGUCCUCCAUUACCCCAGAUGGCCUCUUACCAGAAGGUGCAGGGUCUCAUGCACUUCAGAUUAUAGAACCUUUAACAAGUCAAAGCUUGGAUAAGGUAAAGGAGAUGGAGGCAGAGAUUCUGUCACAGCCAUGUGUGCAGAAGAAGAGGAAAGCUCAGAGGCUUGAGUCCUCAGAAUCUGACCUCAGUGCUGAGGAAGAUGACUUACCCACAAUGGCUCAGAUAUUCAAAUCUCACUGUUCACCCUCGCCAUCUGGGCAAGAGGAGCCGCUGUCAGAUUUAGCAAAUCAAGAUGGCCACCAGCUCCAAGAACCAAAUCCAGGAUUACAAUCUCCAAGUCAACAUAGUCGCCCUCACAGCGAACCAGCACCAGGAACACAGUCAAGUCAGUUGAGCCAGUGUGUAAGCCCUUCUCAGAAUCGAGAGCAUCUUGAGAAUGUAAAUGCCACCACGGUUGCAGCGGCUGUACAAGACGUCAAUCUUCCUGAACCUCCCUGCAGAGAGGAAUGGAUUACUUCAAGCCAAGGAUCUGUGGAUCUCUUUGGGACACCAGAAGAAAGUGAAGCAGUUGAUGGUGUUUGUGGCAACGUAGCACUUUCCAGAGACUCAUCCCAGUACUCAAGUGAGAUUAUUAACACACAGCAAAAAGAAGAAAUGCAGCAGGAGCUGCGUAGGCUGGAACGGAUGAUGGCACUGGUGUCGGAGGCUCUGCAGAGGAAGGAGUUGGACUCAGGAGCCACAGCCCAGACAGAGGAGCCUGACCCUUCUCAUUCGGAUCAACACACAGCUGCUGACCUCGGUGAGGCUGGCCGGCGCGUUCCUGGAAACCCGUCGGACAGGCAAAGUGGCCCUGAUUCUGGCAGAGAUCACGUCUGCGUGCCCCCUAGCCCCAGAGCUCCAGACGGCUUGGAAGCCCCCCAGUCCCACGCUCCUCUGACGAGAGGCCAGGCAAAGACGGCAGGGCAGCAGACCGGAAGAGGCAGUCAGAAAUCUUGGAACAGCAGAAGACGGUCAUUGCGGAAGUUGGAAGCUGGGCCAGAGGUCAAAGAUCACAGUGUGGUAUCGGAGGAUUCGCCUACAGGAUCAAUGAAGGGAAGAGAGGCAAAAGAACCCCAGAGAGAAGCCUCAGUAUCAGGCAGAUUGGGUAUCAGCAGCACAGCUGGCAAGAUGGAGUUGGUGUCUUCUGGGCUGAGUGCCAGCGAAUUGGCCAUGGUGAAGAAAUUUGCGAGAAAAAUGCAUGGCAGUUUAAGUAGAGAGAUGACCCCCAAUACAUCCCAUGUCAUCAUCAAGACGGAUGCCAACCUGGUGUGUGAGCGCACAUUGAAGUACUUCCAGGGGAUCGCUGGCAGGAAAUGGGUGGUCAGCAGCUUGUGGAUCUCUGAGUGCUUCAAGCAAGGCAAAGUUCUAGAUGAGGCUCAGUUUGAAGUGCGUGGAGAUGUUAUUAAUGGGAGCAACCACAACGGCCCCCUGAAAAGCCGGACCACAGCAUAUGAUAAUCUGCUGAUGAAAGGAUAUGAGAUCUGCUUCCAGGGCUCCUUCACUGGAAUGACCACAGAUCAGAUGGAGGCCAUGGUGGAGAUGUGUGGUGCUACAGUCAUGAAAGACCCGCUCAUGUUCUCCAAACACGGUGCCUGUCAGCUGGUGGUGGUGCAGCCUGGUUCUGAUGAUUCUCAGUCUUAUUACAGCGCUCUGCAGAAAAAAGCCACAGUCGUGACUCGUGCUUGGCUUUUGGAUACCAUAGCAACCUACACCCUCCAGAAUCCUGAGGACUAUAAACCAUGAACUCUGGCUGGUGUUGUACCUUUCUAAAUGCUCAGUGCUGCUUUAAUUAUUUCCUCUGCUGUUUAGAAACAACUGAUCUCAUCUCCUGCACUUUACUUGCACAGGUCGGUUUUCACUACUUGUUUUCACUGCUUAUAAUCAGACUUUUUGUUUUGUAGUGCUUGCUUUCUGUGCCUUUGUGGAAAGAAAAUAAUCUAAAGAUGUAUCUGUUUAAAUAUCUUGUAAAGAAAGAUCCAUGAUAAAA